AUGGCUGGGCCUUAUGCUGGCCUUGAAGUGGGAGCCUUGGCAACGCCCUGGAGGACGGGGCAGGAAUGGCGCUCUACGUGCUACUGCAGCGAGCACAAAGAGUGUAAAGCGCGCAAGGGCGCCUCCUUUCAACUUCGAGGUCAAACUGUGCUAUCUGACGACAAAGCUCGUGUGCAAGUGGAGCUUUCCGUUUGGAAGUCAGGCUCAUGUGGCGAGACCCCGCGUGUUCUGCGUGCAGACUCAAAGCAAGAGUCGCCGCCGACCGUGGCGCACAGAAAAGGUAUCCAGCUGGCCAUCAGCGAGUUGGUCGCAGACAAGGAAAGUGUGACUCCGUCGCAUGUGGCCAGGAAGUUGGUCGCGCAAGGGGCCUCGCCCGUGAAUGCAGAUUCCUUACGAUACCUCACCAAGAAGUUGGCUCCAGAGCGCGCGGCCAAAAGAGCUCCUCCAGCCAAAAGCGUUGCCCGCAAACGGCAGAUCAUCGAGGUCACUCUGGAGGCAUGGCAGGAAUAUGUCCGGGCACAUACUGACGACACGAAGUCUUUGAAGUUUAUUUGGACCACACCACAGGGAACUUUUGUGGCUACGUUCCCACCAAUGCUCGCAGAGCUUCGCCGCCUGCAGCAGCAAGGGCGCCUGCAGGAACUGCGCUUGAAUGCUGAUGCGACCUUCGAUGUCGAAGUGGAGGGGUUCAAGUGUCUCGGUGCUGUAAGGUACCAUGUGGUAACCGCAGGACUACAUCGUUUCUUGAAAACGCGGGGCAAGCACCGCCAGGAUCUGUGGCGUCGAUCUGGUUUCCCCAUCAUGGUAGCCCGUCAUGCGUCUGAGCGACCGGAGAUGUACGGAAGGUGCUUGACAGCACUGAUGGCGGAGAUCCGGCGCCUGCAGUUGCCUCCUGUGUCCCAGGUUGGGACAGACUGGGCGCCAGGACUGGGACCAGUGGUGCUGGAAACAAGCCUGUGGGUUCCGGACAUGGAACACAUGUUCCAGAACAUGGCCAAAACCAGUCUGGCUACGGAGGACGGGGAGAAAGUGCGUGUUCCUCGCUUGAAAUCCAGGGAUGUUGGGGUCGUCAAGUCCUACCUGAACAUGCUGGCCCUCUUACCAACGAUGAGCUUGUUCAUUGUGACUUUGCGUGUGUUCUUGGAUCGCAUGAAGAAUGGCUGGAACGAACCCGAGUUCCAUCAAUUUUUUGUGAAGCAGUACUUGUACAGAGCGAGACUGCCCGCAGAGACGUUUGGUGUCGGUGAGGCCUUGAUGGCACGCUGGCAUUAUGGGAGCACAAGCACUAUAUCUCCGGGCCAUCCACCAUCAAUGCAAACGCCAGAGCAGUGUCACAAGCAAGUCAAACGCUGCCUGACAGACUCUCCGGAGAGAAGCUUGUUGCAAGUCCUCGAUUCCUUGAAGGAGAGUAUUGACCUGUGGUCGGCAACUCGCACCACAGACGAGGCUGCUUACACACUCUUUACCCCUCCGGGGCAUUGCGCGUCAAGACCAUGCUGUCCUGAUGAGUGGAUGUUGGCUGGCAGCCAGCUAUAUCAACGACGUUGCCCCGGCGCGAAUGUGCAGCUACUGCCGACCAUCGCCCGCAUCCAGGAGGCCUGA